ACCAGUAAAUAUCAAAUUCAAGAAAACACCAUUCUUUUCUGAUUUCUCCAAGUCCAACAAAUUUCUCCCGUCACCCACAAACUCCUUCUACUUCUUCUCCUCCCCAACCACCAACACCCUUUACUGUUACAACAAUGGCGGCAGUUCCUAUUGAGGAAAGUGUGGAUAUAGCAAGAAAGUGUUGGAUCAAAUUCAAGAAAGAGUCAAUUCUUGCACUUUACACUCCAUUUAUUGUUUGUUUAGCUUCUGGGACUUUAAAGCUUGAAACAUUCCAGCAUUACAUUGCUCAAGAUUCUUACUUCCUCAAAGCCUUUGCUAAAGCGUAUGAAGCUGCAGAAGAGUGUACUGACGAUGAUGAUGCAAAGGUCGGCAUUAAUGAAUUGCGGAAGAAUGUCAUCGAAGAACUCAAAAUGCAUGAUACGGUUAUUCAAGAGUGGGGCUUUGAUCUGGCCAAGCAGUCUACGGCCAACCCUGCAACAGUCAAGUACACAGAUUUCUUAUUGGCUACAGCCUCGGGAAAGAUUGAAGGAGUAAAAGCUGCUAAACUUGCUACUCCAUUUGAGAGAACUAAGUUGGCAGCUUAUAUCCUUGGCGCUAUGAUUCCUUGCAUGAGGCUUUGUGCCUACCUUGGUAAAGAGAUGCACGUGUUUCUUGAGAGCGAAGCAACUCAUCCUUACCAGAAGUGGAUCGACAGUUAUGCUUCUGAAGGUUUCCAGGGACUGACUCUGCAAAAUGAGGAAUUGUUGGACAAACUAAGUGUCUCUUUGACAGGCGAAGAGCUUGACGUAAUUGAGAAGCUUUAUCAACAAGCAAUGAAACUUGAAUUGGGCUUCUUCUUAGCGCAGCCAAUUGAUCAGAAAUCCGUCAUCCCUCUGUCAAGAGAGCACAGUCCUGCUGAACACCGGCUUGUGAUAUUUUUCAAUUUUGAUUUGACAUGCGCGGUUGUUGAUUCUUCAGCGAUCUUGGCAGAACUUGCAAUUAUGUCGGCACCAAAAUCUGGUGAAAAUCAACCAGAGAAUCAACUUGUUCGAAUGUUGUCAGCAGAUCUGAGAAGUACAUGGGAACAUCUCUCUAAGCAGUAUACCGAAGAAUAUGAGCAAUGCAUAGAGACAAUGUUGCUUACUGAAAAAGCUGAAAAUUUUGAUUACGAAAGGCUGCAUAAAGCGCUUGAGCAACUUUCAGAUUUUGAGAAAAGAGCUAAUUUGAGGGUGACUGAAUCUGGAGUACUGAAAGGUAUGAAUCUUGAAGACAUAAAGCGAGCCGGGGAGCGGUUGAUUCUCCAAGAUGGUUGUAACAACUUUUUCCAGAGCAUAACACAAAAUGAACAGUUGAAUGCAGACAUUCAUGUCCUCUCCUAUUGUUGGUGCGGUGACCUUAUGAGGUCUGCCUUCUCAUCAGGGGGUUUGGAUGUUCUGAAUGUGCAUGCAAAUGAGCUUAUAUUUGAAGAAAAUCUAUCCACUGGUGAAAUUGUUAAGGAAGUUGAGUCCCCCAUCGACAAAGUUCAAGCCUUCAGUAAAAUAUUAAAUAGCUGCAGCAAUGACAAAAAGAAUCUGACAGUUUACGUCGGGGAUUCCGUGGGCGACUUGCUUUGCUUGCUGCAAGCAGAUAUUGGGAUUGUGCUCAGUCCAAGCUUAAAUCUGAGUAAAGUGGGGAAUCAUUUUGGUGUUUCUUUUAUUCCGCUGUUUCCUGGCAUCAUUGAGAAACAGAAGGUUUUUGCUGCGGGAAACUCAUCUUGUUGGACGGAGCCCUCUAGCGUUCUCUAUACCGUUUCUAGCUGGGCCGAGAUUCAUGCCUUCAUAUUGGGGUCGUAGAACGUUCUUUCAACUUGCAGAUAUGCCGUGUUAAUUAGGACGUAGAGAAAUUCAUAUAUAGUAAAAUCAUACAUACAGCUUGGUGGCAAGUUUUAUUGCAGUCCACAGGUAAAGGUCUGUUCUUUCUUCAGAAAUGUAAAUCUGAUUCUUUUGGCUGGAGAUUCUACGCAAGUAAUGCUCUGGUGAAUAUGGUCAACUGUAGGAUGUUAAAUGGAAAUUAUCCUUUUUUUCCCAAGAAUUUUAUAUUUUCUUGGUGAAUGGUUCUUUUCAGAAAGGAGUAACAUGAAAUUGUUCUGUGUUACAACAAUAUUAUUCAAGUGUUAUAUACAUAUGAUUGUUACA